UGUUCCUAUAGACUUUCUUGAAGAUUGCUCUUUUAACACUGUUGAGUGGGUUGAUGAAUGUAUUAACUGCAAAGUACUGGAGGAGGUUCAAGCUGUUCAGGAUGGGGGACUGCUGCAUGUCAGGUGAAGACAGGGAAAGUGCCAGGAUUCACCAUGAAAUUGAGAGACAGCUUAGGAUGGACAAAAAGGAUGCAUCCCGACAACUGAAACUUUUGCUUUUAGGUACAGGGGAGAGUGGGAAGAGUACUUUCAUUAAGCAGAUGAGAAUUAUACAUGGCAGGGGCUACACAGAGGAAGACAAGAGGGCCUAUGCCAAGCUGGUGUACCAGAAUAUCUUUGUUUCUAUUCACAACUUGCUUCAAGCCAUGGAGAACCUGAAAAUCCAUUUUGCUGAUGGACAAAACACAACAUAUGCUGCAAUGCUUAAAAAAGUGACCCCUGAAACAGUACUGUCACUGGAGGCUGAAUAUGCUGAAGCCAUUAAGAGUGUGUGGAAAGACCAAGGAAUGCAGAAAUGCUUUGAACGCAGGAGAGAGUUCCAGUUGUCAGACUCUACCAAAUAUUACCUUGAUGACAUUGACAGAAUAUCUGCAGCCUUUUACUUGCCAACUCUGCAGGAUAUUCUACGAGUCCGAGUUCCAACCACAGGCAUUAUUGAGUACGUCUUUGACCUUCAGACUGUCAUUUUCAGAAUGGUUGAUGUCGGAGGCCAAAAGUCAGAAAGACGGAAGUGGAUCCAUUGUUUUGAAAAUGUCACUUCCAUCAUCUACCUGGUGGCUCUGAGCGAGUACGAUCAGGUCUUAUAUGAGUGUGCGAAAGAGAACCGCAUGGAGGAGAGUAAGGCACUUUUUAAGACAAUCAUCUCUUACCCCUGGUUCCAGGAGUCAUCUAUCAUCCUCUUCCUCAAUAAGACAGAUAUCCUGAAGGAGAAGAUCUCAAAGUCAGACCUUGUAAAUUUUUUUCCACAAUAUACAGGCCCUAAAAAUGAUGCAGAAGCUGCAAUGAAGUUCAUCUUGAGUAUGUAUGAAGAACAGAACAGGGACACACAUAAACGCAUCUACGCACAUUUCACAUGUGCAACUGACACUGAAAAUAUCCGCUUUGUUUUUAGCGCUGUGAAGGACACCAUUAUGCGGAACAUCCUGUCCACAUUUAACUUGGGUUAAGUGAUAAAAGUGCUUUUAUAUAUGGCUAGAUUGAAUGUUUGUUUUGUUUUUGUUUUUUACCUCUGAGUCAAUUAAAAUGUGAAUGUGA